UGAGCGCGGCGGGACGGGCGCGGGGCCGCCCCGCACUGAGCCCGCUCCGAGCCCGAACUGAGCCCGCACCGAGCCCGCUCUGAGCCCACACCGAGCUCGCACCGCCCGCCCCGAUGUCCCAGCCCGGCAGCCCCCGGCCGAGCCCCCCGGAGCCGCCCCGCGCAGAGCCGGUCCCGCCGCCAGAGGCCGGGGAGCCCUCACGCCCUUCGCCGAGGCCGAUUCCAGCGGCGCCGUCGGCAGAGCCCCGGACACCCGCCCGCCCCACGGUGCAGAGGAAGGAGAAACCCCUGGAAGAUGAGGAGUCCCCAAAAGUCCUGACGAAGAGCCCCCGGGCCGAGCUCGCAGGCGCUCCCAAAGCUGUGACAUGCCAGCCCCAGGUGAGACCAGCCCUGCAGCCCCCCGGCCCCUGCACCCACCUCCUGCAGAACGGCGCCGGGCGGGGGCCGGACCCGGGCGGUGCCAACGGGGACGCGGGGAACGGGCUCUUCCGGCCCCUCCCCAGCACGAAACCUCACCGAAAGCUGCAGCCGCACCACUCCAUCAACAGCCAGAGCAGCAAGAAGAGCAAGGGCAGCUCCAAGUCGGCCUCUUCCCACAUCCCUAUUGAGGCGCAAGAAGACUGCUGCGUCCACUGCAUCCUCUCCUGCCUCUUCUGCGAGUUCCUGACCCUCUGCAACAUCGUUCUGGACUGUGCCACCUGCGGCUCCUGCACCUCCGAGGACUCCUGCAUCUGCUGCUGCUGCUGCAACUCGGGCGAGUGCGCGGACUGCGACCUGCCCUGCGACAUGGACUGCGGCAUCAUCGACGCCUGCUGCGAGUCCGCCGACUGCCUGGAGAUCUGCAUGGAGUGCUGCGGGCUCUGCUUCUCCUCCUGAGGGGCUGCUCGGCGGGGGGACCUGCGGGGGGACCCCCCCAGGCCCUCCCGCAGCGGGUGAGGGUCCCUGAGCCGCUGGGAAACGCUGAAGGACAGAGCCUGGUGAAGGAGGAGAGCAUGUCCCCCACUGCAAACCUCAUCCCCGGAGCUGGUGAGCCAGACCCGGAUCCUGCCUGGGGAAGGGUGAAUCCGUAGGGCCAUGGGGACUCCAGGGGUGGAGGCAUCCUGUCAUGCUCUACCUCCUCCCCACCCGGGCCGGUUCGUGAAGCACCUCCUGCCACCUGAGCCGAGAGCAGGAGCGCCCGUCCCGCAGAGCCCCCGGGUGCCACCCCAGGUCCUGGCCUUGGGGACAGCCUGUCCUGCUGCCACCGCCUGGGGCUGCCCCAGGACAGUGCUCCAGGUGCACAGGGGGCUGACGUGGGGGGGCACAGAGCAACUCCUUCCCCCCAGGACACCUCCAGGGCUGGUGCUGCACAGAGCCCUGCUCCCCACCGGGACCCCCAGCCAGGCACGGGGUCCUGUGCUGGGGACACCUCCUGCCAACCCCCCCUCGGUGCUGAGACUGGCAGCCAAGUGCAAUACAGGCAGCCCGUCCCCUUCUGGGAAGAAGCUUUUCCUGCACCAGCCCCUGCAGUGGGAUUGAAGCUGGGGCUGGGGAGACCCUGGAGCUGUGCCAAGCUGUUCCUGACCCCCCUGUGUCCCGGGGCUGGUGGGGCAGGGUGGCUCAGUUGGUGCCCAAUGACCCCCACCAGUUGUCCCCAUCCCACUGUCCUGGGGAGAGGGAUCUUGGCUGGGUGGGGGUGGCAGAUACCCCAUUGAAGGGCUGGGGAGACAGGGAAGGAACUGUCACGGUAUUUUAUUUUUGUUGUCCUUUUUGUUUGUUACUGUAAAUAAAGGUCUUUCUUCAUUUCUGACCGA